AGAGACCCUUCCCCGUAUGUCUCGUCGUGUAUAAGAAGGCGGUCUCCCCUUCUUCCAACUUGCACUUGAUUGUCUUUCUAACCUCCAUCCACAAACUUAUACCGCCAUAUACCUAUUACCACCCCCAAACCAACACUAUCAACAUGUCUUUCCACAUUACUGCUCAGGAAGCUCGCAUCGAGCAACGCGAUGGCCACACCUACCUCCUUGCUCGUCUCCAACGCGAGGACGGGUCGUGGAACGACGCUAUCUUCAAUCUUGACCAGAUCAUCGGAAACGAGGAUGGUCACUUCCAGUGGGGUGGUCAGAACUUCACCCACUCCGCCCAGGACAUCCGCUUCGACCCCAAGGAGGGUGCCGCCGAGCAGCCCAUUCUCCGUGCCAUGCUCUGUGACCGCAACGGAGAUUACUACCCCCGCGACGUCAACCUCACCGAGAUCAUUGAGAACGUCAACGGCGAGUUCGCGCCUAAGUUUUAAGUAACUAGGACGCACACGCGAAGAAAUUCGUUGCCGGCGGCGCAAAG